AUGUUUGAACUAUGCCACCUAAGAAAAAAUGGAACACCUGUGAAUGAGACCGCUGCAAAAGCUAUGGAAGAUAUGAAUUCAAAGAUCAUUGAUAUUAGGGAUAAAAAGAUGCAAAACCAACUACAAGAUGAAGUAACAGCAGAGGAAAUCAAUAUUGUUUAUGCUGAAGUGCUUGGAAGAAAGAAGGGUAAUCGCGUGAGAGGAUAUGACAUAGGGGUGAGAACUGAGGAUAUGUUGGGUGUGUUGAGAGAAAAAAAAGGUUUGAGGCUGGAGUUUGAUGAUAUGCGUGAGUCUUACGAAGAAAGAAUAGUACAGGUAACGAAGGAUGCAAAUGAAAGGGAAGAGAGAAUUAAAAGGGAAAUGAGAGAGGAGGGGAGAGCCACAACGGAAAAGGUGAAACAUUUGGAGCAACUUUUAACGAAACAACAAGCCAUCAUGGAAAAGGUAGGACUUGGUUCUAAUAGAUUGGAAGAAAUUAUGACUGCAACCUUACAUUCACCUUACAUGCCAAGCCAAACAUUAAUUGAUCAAGAUGGUUAUAGACUAAUAUUAAGGGGGAUAGAAGAGGAGGAGCAUGCAAGGAAUGUAGGCCCUGUGUUCAAAGUUUGA